UAUAAAUGAUGUAGAGGACAAAGAAGCAUUUCUGCAGUCUUCCUAGUACAGCAAAGCUGGCAGAAGACACAAGCUCGCAGAACGCAGCAUGGAUCCUUCUCCCCUCAAUGCUUGCUUCCUCCUCUCAUGCCUUCUCACUCUUGCAAUAGACAGUCACUCUGCAGAAGCUGUUUCCCCUGCAGACACCACUGCUCGGCUACUUGCCGAGGCCGACGGCGAUCGUCUGGCUCUCCUGUGCUUCAAGUCCCAGCUCUCUGACCCAACUAGAGCUUUGGCAGCAUGGAACAACAACACAUCCUUGGACAUCUGCAGCUGGCGUGGUGUCACCUGCAAUAACACGAGGCAGCCAUCUCGUGUCACUGAGCUGGACCUGGAGAGCUCACAGCUCGCAGGUAUCAUUUCUCCCUGCGUUACAAAUCUGACCUUUCUUGAAAAGAUACAUCUUCCGAACAACCGACUGUCCGGAAAAAUUCCACCGGAGCUGGGUGAUUUACAGAUGCUCCGUUACCUCAACUUCAGCUCCAAUUCUCUCAGUGGUAACAUACCUAGUUCAUUAGGUACUAUUCCAUCCAUUGCAUAUGUUGAUCUAGCCAGCAAUGACCUCACAGGUCAACUUCCAGAAUCCUUAGCUGGUAGUUCAUCGCUGCAAGUGCUUAAACUUGGGAAAAACAACCUUGGUGGGGAAAUUCCGCCAGUUCUUUUCAAUUCCUCAUCACUAGUCCGCAUAGAUCUUCAACAAAACAAUUUUACUGGAUCCAUACCACCAGUUCCAAAGAUUAUGUUGAUGCUUCAGUAUCUCAAUUUCAUGUCAAAUAAUUUCUCAGGGAGUAUACCACCUUCUCUAGGAAACAUUUCUUCCCUCCUGUACCUAUACCUUGAAGAGAACAAUUUGAUUGGAGGCAUCCCAGAGAGCUUAGGCCAUAUCCCAGGCCUACGAGCAUUAACCCUGACGGCGAACAGGCUGUCGGGGCAAGUGCCACUCUCCCUUUACAAUACUUCAACCCUGGUUUAUCUUGAUCUUCGCCAUAACUUACUCAUCGGGAGGUUGCCAAAUAACAUUGGAAACUUGCUUCCAAAUAUUCAGACAUUGAUCUUGGAAGAUAACAAAUUUGAUGGGACAAUUCCAGGUUCACUUGCUAAUGUCACAAGCCUAGAAAUUAUAGAUCUUGCCAACAACUCGUUCUCCGGAGCAAUACCAUCCUUAGGGUCCUUACAGAAUCUUACAUACUUAGAUUUCAGCAUUAACCACCUUCAAGAUCAAAAUUGGUCCUUCCUAUCCUCUUUGAGUAAUUGCACCCGAUUGACAACAUUAGGCCUCAUGUCAAAUUACAUCGAAGGGAACUUGCCAAGCUCAAUAGGUAGCCUGCCUUCCAAACUUGACACUUUGUGGCUAAGCUUGAACAGGAUAUCUGGAAACAUCCCUCCAGAGAUAGGGAACUUAAAAAGCCUUACAGUUCUUAUGUUGCAUGACAACCAGUUUGUUGGAAGCAUACCAUCGGUUAUUGGAACUCUGCGUAACUUGUCAGUCUUAAGUUUAUCAGGGAACAGACUCUCUGGGCCUAUUCCAGAUUCUAUUGGAAAUCUUGAACAGUUGACCGAAUUUUAUCUGCGAGAGAAUGAGCUGAAUGGAAGCAUACCUAAAAGUUUAGGUAAAUGCAAGAACUUGCAAUUGCUAAAUUUUUCCCACAACUCUCUGGAUGGAAGAAUACCAGCUGAGCUAUUAAAAAUUACUUCACUUUCCGAAGGUUUGGACUUGUCACACAACAAAUUCAGUGGGGUCAUACCACAAGAAGUUGGAGGGCUAAUCAAUCUUGGUGUUCUUAAUAUCUCCAAUAACCACCUCUCUGGCCAAAUCCCUUCCACCCUUGGCCAAUGUGUUGUGUUGGAGUCCCUCCGUAUGGAGGGCAAUCUUCUUGAAGGAAGCAUUCCGCAAUCUUUCAUGAGCUUGAGAGGCAUCAGAGAGAUGGAUCUUUCUCGAAACAACCUUUCUGGAGAAAUUCCACAGAUACUCACAUCACUCGAUUCUUUACAGUAUUUAAACUUAUCCUUCAAUGAUUUUAGCGGAGCAGUACCAUCUACCGGUGUCUUUGCAAAUGACAAUGAAGUGUCUGUCCAAGGAAACAAGAGACUAUGUGCUGGGGCACCUAUGCUAGGUCUGCCUCUUUGCUCUGAUAACUCCAAAAGAACUUCCAAGUCCUUAAUACUGAAGAUACUGAUUCCACUAUGUGUUGUCGCUGCAAUAUUGCUGUCAUGCUUCUUCGCUGUCCUUUUGAAGAGAAGAAGACCACAACCAUCUCAUCAGGGUUUCAGAGAACAGGCAAAGGUGUCAUAUGAAGACAUUGUUAAAGCCACAAAUCGGUUCUCCUCUACCAACUUGGUUGGCUCAGGAUCAUUUGGAACAGUGUAUAAGGGCACAAUGGCAUUCGAUACGAAUCCAAUUGCAAUCAAGGUGUUCAACCUAAAUUUCCAUGGAGCAUCAAGAAGUUUUGCUGCGGAGUGCGAAGCUCUGAGAAGCAUUCGUCACCGAAAUCUUGUCAAAAUAAUUACUUCAUGCUCUACUAUAGAUCCUACCAGGGCAGAGUUCAAAGCCCUCAUAUUUGAAUAUAUGCCCAAUGGGAGCCUAGACAUGUGGCUACAUCCAAAGGCACAUGGAUACAACCAUAUCCAUGUGUUGACUUUGGCUCAAAGGAUAAGCAUUGUUCAGGAUGUAGCAUUUGCUCUUGAUUACCUUCAUAAUCAAUGUGUGAAUCCAUUGGUUCACUGUGACCUGAAGCCACAAAAUGUUCUACUUGACUGUGACAUGACUGCUUGUGUCAGUGACUUUGGACUUGCAAGAUUUUUGUGCAUAAAUUCCGCUUCUGUGACUAAUGGCUCUACCAGCUUAUCCGGGCUUAAAGGAUCCAUUGGAUAUAUCGCACCAGAGUAUGGCAUGGGUAGCAAGAUUUCUACUGAGGGAGAUGUCUACAGCUUUGGAGUGCUUCUGUUAGAAAUUCUUACAGGGAAGCAACCUACUGAUGAGUCAUUCAAGAAUGGCACGAACCUUCACAGCUAUGUGAACUCGUCAUUUCCAGAUAAGGCUGGGGAGACCUUAGAUCCCAACAUAAUGCAUGAGAUAGCUGAAGAUAAAAAUCAAGCAGUUCUUAUCAUGCAUAGCUGCAUAAUUCCUCUGAUGAAGCUAGGCCUUUGGUGCUCCAUGGAAUUUCCAAAAGACCGACCAGGGAUGGAGCAAGUCACAACUGAAAUCCAUGCAAUCAGUAGUUCCUUUUCAAACCUGAAUGUUCAGGGAUGAAAAGUGAGCUUUGGGUUUUAGUGAUAAUCACUUGAUUUACUAGAAUUAAGUACUACCCUGCUUCUUCUGUGCAUGAUGGAUGUAAUUUUGAAUUGACAAGGAACAACCUAAAGAUUACAAAACGAAACUGUCAUUCUAAUUGUUCCUGCCUCUCCUGAGUC